AUCGUCGCAUACCUACCUGCCCACAUUCUGUGCGUCCUUUCAUGCUGGCACUGACCGCCUGUCAGACACAACGUACAUAACCCACGCGACAAUGAAAGGAUUAACAGCGACUUUUCUCUUGCCGUUCUAUGGUCUACUGCUAUUAUGGGGCAACAAGGCCGAAUCCACAAAUCCCUCUCCUUCCUGCGGCCCCAACUGCUCGACAUCAGGUGUCACUGCCGUCCCUGUAGGUUCCACUACACGAAAGGGCCAUGUGAUGAUCCAGAAGUGUAACUCCAGCAUGGAGGACUACUGCUUCCAUGGAGAGUGCAUGUUCCUGGUGGACUUAAAUGAGCACAACUGCAAGUGUGAGCGAGGCUAUUCAGGUCACAGGUGUGCUCUGCUGUCUCCAGUGAUUCUGCCCUUGAGUGAAGAGAGUCUGAUCCUCACGGUGGUGUGUGUGUCCUUAACCAUCAUUGGCAUCACAGGAGGCGCCUACUUCCUCUACAGAUGGCAUAAGAAGAAUACUGGCCCACCCAGACAGAAGGAGUAUCAGGAAGUGCAGAUGGCAUGAUUAGCGCAGUGGACUGCAGCCCACUUGGAUACUAUUGCAACUUCGCUGCCUGAUUGGCUAGAUGGACAAUAUUAUGACUGAUCCCUGUCGGGUAAAUUUUACCAACACUCCCCUUAUUGGGAAGAAUAUUGUAAAAAGUGUGUUCGUAGAGAUGAGCGGUAUUUAUAAUUGGUAUUUAAAACUGUUGCAUUCGAGCAAGGUAGCUGGAAUCACUUGCUAGUACGCUGUCAAUUGUGUGUGUGUGUAUGUGUGUGGUGUGUGUUCUUGAAGCAAUUUUAUCUCUUCCACAUUUUGUGUUUAAAAUGAUUACUAUUUUGUAAUAUACAGUAGAUAUUUAUAACAGGAUCAGUGUUAAAUUUGGUGUUGAGAGAAGAGAGGUUUUUGAGGAUUUUAAGUUAUAAUUCCGGAAUAUCAAUGAAAUACGCAUUUUUGUGAUUGUACGCCCUGUCUUAGUGGAUUUUGUGAGGAGUAUGCAAAAAUGCAAGAAAUUGUUUUGAGGUUUUUUUUUAAACAAAAAAAAAAAUUCUAAAAAAAAAAAAAAAAAAAGGUUUAUUUGCACUGAGACACUGAUCUUUACAGCCUCAGUCAGGGAAGGGUAACUUAUUUGUGAGUUUAAUAGUGUGUGUAAAAGGCCAAACCCUGCAGAAUGUACAAUGUGAAGAAAAAGGGACUGAGCCAUAUCUCAGAGAAAACGCUUACUCGGAUGCAUGUCAAUUUAUUGAAUGUCUUUUUUUGUUAAUUGCACAAAAUGAAUGACUGACAUGGACUGAUUUUAUAUGGGUGACUAGACCUUUCGCUGCCCAUCCCAGAAUUGUUUGAGCCAAUCAAAAGCCAGCCCUUGCCCCUUCCCCCAUAAGCCAUAUGCAAAUUCAACACACAGGCCUGCCUCCUCUGACUGCAGCCAGAAGGUGGAGCCAUUUUGUAAAACAUUUGAAUCAAUCCUUGGGUCCAUUUGACCUGUGAAUCUUAUUAUUGGUACAUUUAUAUUUACCCCCUUAUUGGGGGGAAAAAACGGUACACUGAAAAUAAUGGAUUAGCUGUAUGACUCUAAUGGUUCUGGUUCUCAGUGAUAUUUGUGUAGUUCUUAAGCGGAAUGUGUCAUUUUCUCUCUUGAAGAUUCAACAAUAUUUUUAUUUAUAUAAUAUAAAAAUAUACCAAAAAAAUAUAUACUCUAGCCUUUUUGUAUUUGUAUGAAAAUUCCAUUAAAAUGCUUCCUGUA